UGCGAGCUCAGCCUUGCACGUGGGGAAUCUGACCCGCAGUGGAGGAAACUGCGACGCGGUCAAAGCGCGCAUCGCUACAAACAAAAUUACUGCGCAGGUUCAUCAAAACAUACGUGGUACCGUGAGACCGUUAGCAACAUCAUUGAAGACAUAUAGAACCGUAUGCAUUAUGGCUUCUUCAUUCCGGCGCCUCGCGAAAGAUCACGCCCAAUUACAAUGCGCCUUACCCCCAAACUACCUCUUUCCCGACUCCGAUGAUGCUGGAUCCCUUCCUGACGACUUGACGCAAUUGAAUGUGCUCAUCACCGGAGCAGAGGGCACGCCAUAUUCACAAGGAUUAUGGCGUCUGCACCUCAAAAUGCCCCACGACUACCCUAAGAACCCUCCUAAAGCAACAUUCAAAACUCGGAUCUACCAUCCCAAUAUUGAGGAAUCUACCGGCGCUGUGUGUCUGGAGACACUAAAACGUGACUGGGAAAGCAACUUGACGCUCAAAGACAUCCUGAUUACGAUCUCCUGUCUGUUAAUUCAGCCAAAUCCUGAUUCGGCACUCAAUGCAGCGGCCGGAGCCUUAAUACAAGAAGAUUAUGAAGGGUUUGCAACGCAGGCGCGGCUAAUGACAAGAAUCCAUGCGCCCAUUCCUGGACAUCUCGCCAUGGCUGUACAGGAAGCAAAGCGACGAGGCGAAGAAGAUCAAGACGAGCAGAUAUCUCAGAGUCCGACCACAGGCGUUACACGAGUUGUGGAAGGCCAGCCGGUCGAGGACAAUACCAAAGAGAACGAUCCAACCCAAUCAGCCUCUCUCGGCUCAAGGUUGAGUGGAAGACUAAAGCGUCCAUUGUCAGAAGCGCCUGAAUCGGACAUCUACAGCUCGUUGGAUGGAGAACUACCGCCCGCCAGCGCAGGACCGUCCAGAAAGUCUCCCAAAAUGCUGCGCGGAACCUUGGAACAAGCCGACAAAACUUCGACGCCGGUGUGGCAGGACGAAAGCGUCCAGGAGGAUGACAAGGAAAACGUUUGUUCCGUGCCUGACAAGACGUGCAGGCAGGCAACAGUCAUGCCGAGACCUACCACGUUACGGAAGAUCUCGAAUGUUGGUGGUGGAAGGAGAGGGGGACAACCAAGAGUGGGUAUUCGCAGAUUAUAACAGUCUGAGACUGUACGAUGUCGGGUCUUGCCAUAAUUUGUCUCUUCAGUCUGCGUUUAAGCGAAUGAUAUUAUUUACCGAAUGUCAUAAGGCAGCCCUCGGCUCGCGUAGACAUGCGGC